AUGGCCAGAUUUCCAAAGUUUAGCUCUAUGCUGCGAUUGCUCAACUUGUCCAUCAACAGCUUGACUGGGAGCGUCUCCAUCAGUGGUAACCUGGGACUGGAGUUCCUGGUCCUCACGGGGAAUCUUUUUAGUGGUGCCAUACCUCCGGAGCUUGAGAACUGCUCAAACAUUAGAGGCAUAUCGCUCGACAGCAACUACUUGACAGGAACCAUCCCAGGCGAACUCUCAGAUCUUGUGCAUCUCCAGUACUUACUUCCCAUGGGGAAUCGUUUUAGUGGCACCAUACCUCCGGAGCUUGGAAACUGCUCGAACAUCAGAGGUAUAUUGCUCGAUGGCAAUGACUUGACUGGAACCAUCCCAGGCAAGCUCUCAAACCUCUCGCAUCUCCAGCAGCUAGUUCUCAACAGCAACGACAUCGGUGGGGCGCUCCCUCCUGGACUCUCCAACUGCAUGGAGCUCAUCGCUCUUUGGCUGCAGCAGAACAGGCUCUCUGGAAAUUCAAUCCCGGCCUCCUACGGCAAGAUGACCUUGCUGAUUUUCCUCGACGUUGAAUCGAACAACCUCUCUAGAGAAGUCCCAGCCAUGCUGCAAAACGUCUCGACUUUGCAGUUCCCCUCUCAAACAACAGCUUUAGUGGCUCAAACUGGCCUCCCUUGCCUCACGAACUUACGAGCUGGAUUUCUUGGAUAA